AUUGGUUAUUUUUGACAGCUGGUGUCUGGACGUCCGUGAGUUUGUUCAACAUUUUUAAUUUUCUCGAAGCGAAAAUAUUUAAAAAUGUCUUUGUGGGCGACAUUAAACCGCAACGUUUUUAAAAGAACAUCAACCUUUGCAUUAGCCGUAGCAGGCGGAACAUUCUUCUUCGAAAGAACCUUCGAAUUAAUUUCGGUUUCAUUAUUUGAGAGCAUAAACAAGGGUAAACUAUGGAAGGACAUCAAGGACAAGUAUGAAUGAAGAGAAAUAAAACAUCAGCACUUUAAUGGAAUAAUUUAUUAGCUUAAUUAAUAUUGUUAACAUGAUUAAAUUAUCUUAACAAGAAA